AUGUCUCCAAUCAAGGCCCCAGUCAACCUCCCGGAGCUUGUGAAAGCAGCUUUCAAUAAGGCUCGCUCCAAUGGCGACUUGACCUACUAUGCAACCCAAGUCACAGUGCUCAACGCCAACUCAACCCCGUUUCAACUCCGUUUCUCCCCCGCGUUAGCAAACAAGCCGGCCGCGCAGAAGCCCAAGAAGACAGAUGAGCCACGCAAGCCUUUUGAUCCUUUUGAGAGUCCCGAGAAGGGCCCGCUGUUCAUCGCCGACAUCCCAUCGUCUUCGGGCCACAACUUGGUGCUGAACAAGUUCGCCAUUGUCCCGGAGCACUUUAUCCUGGCUACCAAAGAGUUCAAACAGCAGACCGAUCCUCUGGAACGCGAUGAUCUGGCGGCAACCUACUCUUGCAUAGAGGCUUACAGACAGUACAGCGAACAACAUCAGGGGCAUAAUGGUGAGCUCUAUGCCUUUUUCAACAGCGGCUCGCACUCGGGUGCAAGUCAGCCUCAUCGGCACAUCCAGCUGCUUCCGGUGGCGCGGAUGAUGGACGGUCUCCCCGACGGCGCAGAAUGGGAUGUGCUGGCGAAAGAGCUUGGCCCGCAGCACAUUUCCGGGCUGCCGUUCUUGACAUUUGCGGAGACGAUACAUCGCGACAUGACGCCGGAUGAACUUCACGGCAUCUAUCUAUCACUUUUCAGGUCGGCGGUUGAUGCAGUGGAGGCUCACAUCGGCGCUGUGAACGAAUCUGGGAAUGGCGGCGCGCCCAUCAGCUACAAUCUUGCUAUGACGAGUGACCGGCUGGCCGUACUGCCGCGACUUGCCGAGGGCGCUACCAUCUUCAAGGACGGUACGGCCGUAGGAAAUCUCGCUCUCAACGGCACCGUCUUGGCGGGCACGGCUCUGGUUAAAAACGAGGCCGAAUGGGAUGCGCUCAGGUCAGGAGGCAACGGUGGCGGCGUCCAAUUACUGGAAGUUUUGUCGAAAAUCGGCGUUCCCAAGGAUGGCGGCGGAGGUCACAUUAAAAAGCUGUGA